UGCAUCCGGCCGAAAUUGACAUCUGGGCAAUUGCCGUUAUCUCCUCCGUUGCUCAUUUGGGAUCCUUCGACGAUGGUUCAUCGACCAGCGUCCAUCCAAUGGGGUUCUAGGAAGGAUUAUAAUGGAAAAAGGGCCUUUAGGCGCGAUGCUGGUUUUGCUGACGGCGGUCGAUUACCACCCGGUAUCAUCAAUGCUGCCAAUGAUUGCUUCUGCAACAGUGUGCUGCAGGCGUUGGUUGCCACUCCAUUACUAGAGGACUUUAUAUGCUUUCGAAACGAUUCCAUGGAUCCGUCUCUAAGUCCAGCACUCACCAAUGGGCGGCCUAUAGCUGGUCCAGCGGAAGUGAAAUGGGAAAGCGGAAUGCAAAUAUCCGAUCUGUUCUUGCAAUUUAUGGAGAUUGCGUAUCAAGCUCGCGGUGCUGAUGACGGCGCUUAUCUGAAUCCUAGGGAUCUCAUACGGCUCCUUGGUUCCAAAUUUGACCAGUAUCUCGAUUUUCGGCAGCAGGACGCCCAUGAAUUGUUGCGCCAUCUUCUCGAUGCUAUGUACAUGGAAGAAAUGGACAUAAUCAAAAAGCGCCAACCACCUCUGGAACGAAAGAAGACGCGCGGGGUGAGCAGAGCGUCUGAGCACUCCAGACCACCAUCUAGGAGUGCACCUGGUCUUGGCUCGCUUGACCCCAUUCUGGAUGUUCCGAAACUCGCCCCGUUCCCUUCCAGUAUUUUUGGAGGUCAAUUGGCAAGUGUCAUUGUAUGCAAUACCUGCAAGCAUAUUUCUCACACAUAUGAAGACUUUAUGGACCUUUCUAUCCCUAUCAAAACAGAAGAAGAACGCAAGAAGAGUCGACUGAAAUUGUUUGCUCAAAUGUUCUCAUCAUCAUCCACUUUUCAAAUCCCCAAACCAACAACUAUUUCCCCCUCUGCCGACGAUAGAGUCCCAAACGGUAAAGCAAAUUCUGACAAACGGUCCGAAGCCGAUAUGGAAGGGGCUUCAAGGCUUGGGCGCAGCCUAUCAGUCAAGAUACGAAAGAGCAGAGAAAGAUUGGCCCACGGUUAUCCCUCCCGCUCGACAUCUAGACCUACAUCUGUCGAGCGUAGUUCAACCCAAGUCAAGAGACCUCGAAAACAGACCCCAGGGGAGGCAGCCUACCUCCGGGCACUGCUUCGAGACGAACCUAUUCACGCUUCCAAUCCACUGGCUCUUCUCAGGUCAGCUUCACCCAGUUCAUCGGCUACACGCGUAUCUCCUGCCUCGGGGGAUUCUUCGGCGAAAUUCGGCAAUGGUUCUGGGUUGCUCGACUGUCUUCGCAUGUUUACUGCUGUGGAGAUACUUGAUGGUGAAAACCUAUUUGCUUGCCAUAAUUGCUGGAAAACUGAGAACCCCCUUCUCGCAAAACGCCGAAGGAGACACCACUCCGGUUCCGAAAGUUCUUCCUCUUCGUCUGCUUCAUCCGAUGACGAGCUGUCUCAGAGUCGUCGGCGACCACUUCCGUCACCAAGCCUCGCGGUUCCGGGUGCGGACUUCCCGCGGCCGUCAUCAGCUCAGGCAAGACUAUCUAGACCAGGGGCCAUAUCGGAGGAAGAAAUUGAAGUCAUUUCGUCUUCAGUUGUUUCUGAGCCUCCACCAAGGCCCGAGCCCAUCAUCAUUCGAUCAUGCCCUUCCAUGGACGAUUUGCAUUCGAACGAUGCUGUGGCGAAUGGAAUAAGUCUAACCUCCACGAGGAAUUCCAUCCCCUUUCCCAAUACCGCUAGCCUGAGCGUCCCCUCCGUAUCUAACACACCACCAUCAGACAUGCCACCCGGCGAGGCCUCCGUCCCAAGGUUCCGUCGAUUCUCCUCUUUUCACGCGGAGAAGCUGCUUUCUCCUCAUGUCUCGAGGGAGUCGCUCGCGUCCGCACCCGAAAUUCAGCGCCCCAUUACUCCGCUAACGUUAAAGAUCAGAUCAGAUGGAACCGUGUCAGACGAGAGUGUCGUGGAUGAAGCGGAGACAACCUCGGUUCACCCUUCUGAAUCUGACGGUGCUUCGCUGUCGUCAGCAACAAGAGGAGCGGGUGCAGUCCCGCAGCGUACGGUUCCGAAUGUUGCACAGCCAACUCGAUCAGUGAAGAUUCCAAAGCGCUCCGAGCAAAUAGUUCUUAGACGAGCAUUUAAACGCUACCUGAUCAGCACUCCACCGCCAGUUCUGGUUAUUCAUCUCAAACGGUUCCAGCAAACAUCCAAGUCAUUGUUCGCCGGAAGUGCCAAGAAAAUCGAUGAUUUCAUAUCUUUUCCGGAGUAUCUUGACCUCCGUCCCUUUCGUGCACCAAGAAAAGAGCGAUAUGGAUUAGACCAACGCGGGAGGACACCACGCGAAGGAUCUGCACAAUAUAAGAAGCAACAUCGCUUGUUCUCCAGCAGAGACGAGGAGGAAGAGCCCCCGACUUGGUAUCGUUUGUAUGCUGUUGUUGUGCAUAUAGGAAGUAUGGUGAGUAAUCGGGUGACGGGUAGGCAUAGUAUGGACUAAACUGUAGUGGCAUAGCUCGGGGGACACUACAUCGCUUACACAGCGUUGUCUCCAAGGCCAACUACGUUGGCCC